AGGAUGCAAUAAUGAUUGAUUUAUUCAAACUGGAGUUUUGCUCUCGCCUACAUUGUCCAGUUUUGGUAUUUAAGUCCAGCUUCUUUUAAAGCUGGAAGCCGAACUGCCUCCAGUUUUCARCGGAAGGCAGAUGUUGGGUUGAAGAGUGAAAAAAAGUGUGACUCAAAGAGCAGCAGCAGCUCUGGGAUGUGUCCCACUGAGCACCGCCCUCAGCUGCUCCAACUGUCAGGCUGACUGAAGAGGACGCAGUUUUCACAACAGUCCGGCUCCUCUUCUUUCUGUCAGGAGACGCUGGAAUCAAGGAGAGCUUAGAUUUAAAUAAGAGAAUGGGCACAAAAGUGCGAGCCAAGCCGAGGGUGUAGCCGCAUCUGGCGGAGGGAGCUGAACAGAGCGGGACUCUCAGAGCGCCGAGCGAUUCGCUUCGGCGGCGGCUGGGGGAACGAUGGGCGAGAUGGAGGAGGAGAGCGACAACGUGGGCAAGCCGUUCGAGAACUUCCUCCAGGCCUCGACCUGUAAAGGAACRCUUCAGGCCUUCAACGUCCUCUGCAGACGUUUGGACCUGGACCCAGCGGAGCACAGAAGCUUCUACGCUGCGCUGAAGGCAAAGGUCACCUGCUGGAAGGCCAAAGCACUGUGGAGCAAGCUGGACAAAAGGAUGGCCCAUAAAGAGUACAAGAAAGGCCAAGCUUGUGUUGGCACAAAGUGCCUCAUUAUCGGAGGAGGUCCCUGCGGCCUACGGACUGCCAUAGAGCUCGCCCUGAUGGGUGCCAAAGUGGUGGUCAUUGAGAAGAGGGACUCUUUCUCGAGGAACAACGUGCUCCAUUUCUGGCCCUUUACUAUCCAUGACCUGCGGGGUCUUGGGGCCAAAAAGUUUUACGGAAAGUUCUGUGCUGGAGCCAUAGACCACAUCAGCAUUCAGCAGCUGCAGCUGAUCCUCCUGAAGGUGGCCCUGAUUGUUGCGGUGGAGUUUCACAUUAACGUGGAGUUUGUCAGGCUGUUGGAACCUCCAGAGGACCAGGAAAACGAAGAGAUCGGGUGGAGGGCUGCAAUCCGACCCGCUGACCACCCGGUGGCUAACUUUGACUUUGAUGUUGUGGUGGGGGCUGAUGGGCGGAGGAAUACACUGGAAGGUUUUAAAAGAAAAGAGUUCAGAGGGAAGUUGGCGAUCGCCAUCACCGCCAACUUCAUCAACAGGAACACGACCGCAGAAGCCCAAGUAGAGGAGAUCAGCGGGGUGGCCUUCAUUUUCAACCAGAAGUUUUUUCUUGACCUCAGGGAGGAGACAGGUGUUGAUCUGGAGAACAUUGUUUACUACAAGGACAACACACAUUACUUUGUCAUGACGGCAAAGAAGCAGAGCCUUCUGGACAAAGGGGUUGUCAUCAAUGAUUACGCUGACACCCAGAUGUUGCUGAGCAGUGAAAAUGUCGACCAGGAAGCUCUUCUGACCUACGCCCGGCAGGCUGCUGACUUUGGCACCAACUACAAGCUCCCCACUCUGGAUUUUGCCAUGAACCACUGCGGACAGCCCGACGUGGCCAUGUUUGAUUUCACAAACAUGUACGCAUCUGAAAACGCUGCUCUGGUCAGGGAGCGGUUUGGACACCAGCUGCUGGUAGCGCUGGUUGGUGACAGUCUUCUGGAGCCCUUCUGGCCAAUGGGAACAGGCUGUGCCAGAGGUUUCCUGGCUGCGUUUGACACGGCCUGGAUGGUGAAGAGCUGGGCUGAAGGUCGGCCGGUCCUGGAGGUGCUGGCAGAACGGGAGAGCGUUUACCGCCUUCUUCCACAAACCACACCUGAAAACAUCACUAAAAACUUUGAACAGUACACCAUAGACCCUGGAACUCGAUACCCCAACCUAAACUCUUCUUGUGUUAGGACUCAUCAGGUGCGUCACCUUUAUAUCACCGGAGAGCUCAGUUCCUGUUCCCUGGAGCGCUCUGCUACCAUCCGACGGCCCGUCAACCUCCCCAGGCGAGAGUCUGAGAUUAGGCCGUCGAGGCUUCUGACCUGGUGCCAGAAGCAGACGGAGGGCUACAGGAACGUGUCGGUCACAGACUUGACGUCUUCCUGGAGAAGCGGCAUCGCUCUGUGCGCCCUCAUUCACAGAUUUAAACCCCAGCUGAUAGAUUUUGACUCGUUAAAUGAGGAGGAUCAUGCUGUCAACCUCCAGCUGGCCUUUAACCUCAGCGAGCAGGAGUUUGGGAUUGGACCGUUCAUGUCGGUGGAGAAGCUGAUGGCAGGGGAAGAGCUGGAUAAAACCAGGAUGAUCUCCUUCCUGUCCAAGUUCUACGAGCUCUUCCGUGGAACGCCUCUACCUGCAUCAGAGUCCAGUAAAGCGGAGGAAAGUAAUAAAGAAUAUCUCUCAAAGGAGGUCCGAUCUAAUAACAACGUGCCUUAUCUCACACUGCCGAGGAAACGGGUACCAAAGGAUGAGAAGAAGCUGGACGGUACGGACUCUAUUAACAAACGGAGGCGAAAAUAUGGCUAUCUGGAGGAGGCCACAAGUCGGGCCAGCAAUGGUUCCACGGUGCUUGACAAACGAGAUCCAAAGGAAAAUAAAGUGCGCUCGAUGGCUUCUCAGCUGCUGGCCAAGUUUGAAAACAAAAACAGUUGCACCAUCAGUAAACCCCAGCCUCAGUCAGACUGUGAGAUGUCCUUGCUGCAUCCUGCUCUUAAUCUGAUGGAGAAUCUGCCCGUUAAACUCGGGCCUCCGGUUCCGCCCAAACCUCCUCUGACUCAGUUUGAAGUCAGUCUCAGAAAAGCAGCUGAUCAUUUAGUCCACAUUCCUCCAAAGACUUGGCCAAAACCCCCGACUCAGCACCAGCACCCGUUUUCAGUAGUGCAGCUCAGACAUGUUGAUCAAAGCCAAGUUGAGCCUGAGCCUGAGAGUCCAGAAGCCCCUGAUUCUCCUCCCUCCUGCCACUCAGCUAUCUCUUUCAUGACACGAGUUCUCCAUCGCCUCAGAGAGGUGGAUGAACACAUAUCUGAGAAAAAAGCUCAGACGCAACAAGUUAGAGAGUUUCACACAAAGAGCAUAAAAGAAAAAGCUGUUCAUCUUAYGAGUUUAUUUUCAGAAGAUGGUUCUGAUGUACUCCAGAGCAGUUCAGUACGAAGAGCGUUUUCUCAGACGAGUGAAAAGUGUCACUCUUGCGCGAAGCGUGUUUACAUGAUCGAAAGGAUCUGUGCUGAGGGGCUCUACUUCCACAGAGAGUGUUUCCGGUGUUCAACCUGCAGCUCUGCUCUGAGGCAGGGAGCGCAGGCAUUCAACUCACAAGACGGGAAAUUGUACUGCAAACAUCAUUUUGAUCAACAAACCAAUGGAGCAAACCUGAGGAGGACUUUGUCUUUACCUUCAAGCUGUAAUCGAGUUCAGGUGCGGKGUGCCAAAGAAGAAAAGAGCUGCCAGUCCAACGGCACGGCAGCCCUGCAGAGUCCACCUGCAGCAGGUACCUGCACUUCGUCCAUCAGGAAAACGCUGAGCUGGCCUCUGAGUGUGACGCGUGCCGUGUGUAACGCCCCCUGGUAUCUGUCCCGCCGUGUGCGCACUGCAGCACAGGCCCUGGCCAGCCACCUGCGGCACAACGCGCAGGACUACACACUGCUGUACGAGCUGCUGAGCAUGAGCUUCCCCCUGCUCUUUGUUUUACAAGAGGUACUGCUGCAGAUGCACGCCGAGGCCGUGCCCGACGAGCCCGGCCUGCUGCAGCCUGCGCUGCUCUGGCUGCAGGAGCAGGUUCAGCUCAGGCUCAUCUAGUUCGAACUGAGCUUUACUCUGUAAUGCAAUAGUUCUUUUGGAGGACGUGCACACUGACUGAACUGUUCUCAUCGUACUGCCAUUUAUAAACUCGUAUGCACCUUUUUCAUGCUUAAGUGUCUUUUAUGAUGACACUGAAAGCAGAUUAGUCAGUGUGUGAGAUUUAGCACAGGCGGUUGCUCAUCCAGAUUUAUGGAGUUCUCUGCGUUUACAAAGCUAGUUUAUCAAAUACUGAAUGCAACACGUUUUAAACAUGGGUUUGCUCUGAGACUGCACCGAAAUGCUGAGAUAAAUUAGGUUUUUGUAAAAGAGUUAAAAAGCAACUAAGUGAAACAAAGCUUUAGACUGCUGAGGUGUGUGAUCAUCAUUGCUGUAGAGUUUACAAGCUGUCUAAGAAAUUCAGUCAGGAAUAAAUCUUUGUUUUGGGUAAAUGACUGAAAAACUCGAUGCACUUUAUCUUUAACAUUUGCAAUCUUCACGUAGCAGUAAAUAUACGUUAAGGGAAAUAAAGUCUCAAUUUGCAAGUUUUCUUUAGCCUCUAACUUUUAAAUUGCUGUGCUUUACAGGCGUUUUAGUAGAAUUGUUUUUAAACAGUUCUACGUUUUGUUUACUUUUUGAAUGGUUUUCUUUUAUUUUAUGCUUAAUAAUUGACGCCAAAAUAAAAUCGGAUACUGUGGAUCAUGCAGAAUACUGAGGAGAAUUUAGCUUUAUUUUGCUGCCAUCUACUGAUGAACAACAGAGUUACAUGAAGGAAAAACGAGACCCCUCAUUUUGAGACUUGUUUAAACAGUUUGUCAGACUUACUGUAGAUGAAAUAAGCAUGCAUGCUGUAAUGUUUGAAUGUGUUUGCUGUCUAUCUGAGACAUGGUGUAAUAUUAACUGCAGACCUCUUUGACUGGAACAACCAUGUUGUUUCCUAUUCAGAUACACAAUCUAYUGAUGCCCAAAGAGCUCAUUAGAGUCAAUUAAACCUUUAAAAUGUAUUUUAAAACUAUAUUUGUAACAGUGCCUUAUGUUUUCUCAAAUUUAUAAUGGCACGAUGAAACUUUUGUGUGUUUUUAAUCCACUUUUUAAUCAUUUGUGUUGAAUAACUGAACCUGCUGCAUGCAACAUGAGCUAACUGUUUACUCCGCAUGUGGAAAAAAUACCAAAGAAUUCAUUUAGUACUCGCUAACUGGAUUUCUUAUGUAAUUUAUACAACUGUGCAGAAAAAUGAACUGUAAACAAUGGUGCCAGKAUCAGAAUAUCCUCUGCCUAUGAAUGUCAGUAUUGUUUUUUUUGCAUAAAGACUUGUUGGUUUUGCGCAUUCACUUGUUUUUAUUAAUGUUUUUAAUGUUGCCAGUGUUUUAGUUCUUGUUUUCUCUUCUCCUCUCACUCAGCUGAUGCCUUUUAUGAAACAUGUGAGGCAGACGGAUGGUUUGGAUAAAAUGACCUUUUGAAGGUGAUCACCUGCAUGGUCACUGGGUUUUGUGGCUGCAAUGUAAAACUGAUGCACAGUUUUCAACACGACAGAACAAUYUGUUCAGUUUGAAAGAUUUGAGCUGUGGCCUGAUGAACGUUUUACGACUGAUGUGUGAAGUCAGAGUUGGUAACAAAUCCCCUGAUCUGCCAUGGGAACGAGCUUGUUCUAAUGCAGCAUGGUGUGAGACUUCUGCCUUCACAAUAUAUGAAUAAAGUUGAACUAAACAUUUUGUCUAACUACUGGCUGGUAAAAAAUAAAUAAAUGAAAAAACACAG